UUCCGAAACCGGGCCUUUUUCUUUACCCCCUCGGUCCCCCCGUCCCCCAAUCGUCCAACUUCCCCCGGAGUUUGUUUCUCCUAAAAGUGACUCACGAUUGCUAUUUUUCCGGCUAUCAUUGGUUUGUCGGCUAACUGUUUCAAUUCUUAUAUCUUUUUUAUAGUCUCUGCAGCCAGCCCUGUCGUGGUUCUUCCAGAGCUUCUUCCCUGUCUACUUCUCUUUCUCCCCCCUCCCCACAACGUCAUAAUCCUCUUAUCUACCUUUCUUACCUACCCACUUUCCGUCACCGCAGCUUCCCCCCCCUCCAACUCUCCUCCAUUACUCUCCUGCCUCUCCUCCUCCCUCUUCUCUCCCUCUCCCCCUCUCUCAACCAAAUCACUCACACAUAAUCACACAUUUUCAUCAUGGCUGCUCCUCAACGCCAGCCUGAGGAGGCAAUUGAUGACACUGAGUUCAUCGACGACCACCAUGACCACCACCGGGAUUCCGUUCACACCCGUCUGCGCGCCAACUCGGCCAUCAUGCAGUUCCAGAAGAUCCUCGUCGCCAACCGUGGUGAAAUCCCCAUCCGUAUCUUCCGUACCGCCCACGAACUGUCUCUGCAGACGGUCGCUAUCUACUCUCACGAGGAUCGUCUUUCCAUGCACCGUCAGAAGGCCGAUGAGGCUUACAUGAUCGGUCACCGUGGUCAAUAUACCCCCGUCGGUGCCUACCUGGCCAUCGAUGAGAUCGUCAAGAUUGCUCUGGAGCACGGCGUUCACCUCAUCCACCCUGGUUAUGGUUUCCUGUCCGAGAACGCCGAGUUCGCUCGCAAGGUCGAGGAGGCCGGUAUGGUCUUCGUUGGCCCUACCCCGCAGACCAUUGAGGCUUUGGGUGACAAGGUCUCCGCCCGUCAGCUGGCCAUUCGCUGCGAAGUGCCCGUCGUCCCCGGUACCCCCGGCCCCGUCGAGCGCUACGAAGAAGUUAAGGAAUUCACCGAUACCUAUGGCUUCCCCAUCAUUAUCAAGGCCGCCUUCGGUGGUGGUGGUCGUGGUAUGCGUGUCGUCCGCGACCAAGCCGAACUGCGUGAUGCCUUCGAGCGUGCCACUUCCGAGGCCCGUUCGGCCUUCGGUAACGGCACCGUCUUCGUCGAGCGCUUCCUGGACAAGCCUAAGCACAUUGAGGUGCAGCUGCUGGGUGACAACCACGGAAACGUCAUCCACCUGUUCGAGCGUGACUGCUCCGUCCAGCGUCGUCACCAGAAGGUCGUCGAGAUUGCCCCCGCCAAGGACCUGCCCCAGGACGUCCGCGACAACAUCCUGGCCGAUGCUGUCAAGCUGGCCAAGUCCGUCAACUACCGCAACGCUGGUACUGCCGAGUUCCUGGUCGACCAGCAGAACCGCUACUACUUCAUUGAGAUCAACCCCCGUAUUCAGGUCGAGCACACUAUCACUGAGGAGAUCACGGGCAUUGAUAUUGUUGCGGCUCAGAUCCAGAUUGCUGCCGGUGCUACCCUGCAGCAGUUGGGCCUGACUCAGGACAAGAUCUCCACCCGCGGUUUCGCCAUCCAGUGCCGUAUCACUACUGAAGAUCCCUCCAAGGGCUUCUCCCCCGACACCGGUAAGAUCGAGGUCUACCGUUCCGCUGGUGGUAACGGUGUCCGUCUCGAUGGUGGUAACGGUUUUGCUGGUGCCAUUAUCACUCCUCACUACGACUCUAUGCUGGUCAAGUGUACCUGCCGUGGUUCCACUUACGAGAUCGCCCGCCGCAAGGUUGUCCGUGCCCUGGUCGAGUUCCGUAUUCGUGGUGUCAAGACCAACAUUCCUUUCUUGACCUCCCUUCUGAGCCACCCCACGUUCGUGGACGGCACUUGCUGGACUACCUUCAUUGACGACACCCCCGAGUUGUUCGCUCUUGUCGGCAGUCAGAACCGUGCUCAGAAGUUGUUGGCUUACCUCGGUGACGUGGCUGUCAAUGGCAGCAGCAUCAAGGGUCAGAUCGGCGAGCCCAAGCUCAAGGGCGAUAUCAUCAAGCCCACUUUGUAUGACACCCAGGGCAAGCCUCUCGAUGUCUCUGCUCCCGCCACUCAGGGGUGGAAGCAGAUCCUGGACCGUGAGGGCCCUAAGGCCUGGGCCCGUGCCGUGCGUGCCAACAAGGGCACUUUGAUCAUGGACACCACCUGGCGUGACGCCCACCAGUCUUUGCUGGCAACCCGUGUGCGUACCAUCGAUUUGCUCAACAUUGCCCACGAGACCAGCCACGCCCUCUCCAACGCUUACAGUCUGGAAUGCUGGGGUGGUGCCACCUUCGAUGUUGCCAUGCGCUUCCUUUACGAGGACCCCUGGGACCGUCUGCGCAAGCUCCGUAAGGCCGUGCCCAACAUCCCCUUCCAGAUGUUGCUGCGUGGUGCCAACGGUGUCGCCUACUCCUCUCUUCCCGACAAUGCCAUCUACCACUUCUGUAAGCAAGCCAAGAAGUGCGGUGUCGAUAUCUUCCGUGUCUUCGAUGCUCUCAACGAUGUCGACCAGCUUGAGGUCGGUAUCAAGGCUGUUCACGCCGCAGAGGGUGUCGUCGAAGCUACUAUCUGCUACAGUGGUGACAUGUUGAACCCCCACAAGAAGUACAACCUCGAAUACUACCUUAGCCUCGUGGACAAAGUGGUUAAGUUCGAGCCCCAUGUCCUGGGUAUCAAGGAUAUGGCUGGUGUGCUGAAGCCCCAGGCCGCUCGUCUCCUGAUUGGCUCCAUCCGUGAGCGCUACCCCGACCUUCCCAUCCACGUCCACACCCACGACUCCGCCGGUACUGGUGUGGCCUCGAUGAUUGCUUGCGCCCAGGCUGGGGCUGAUGCCGUUGAUGCGGCCACCGACAGCUUGUCGGGUAUGACCUCUCAGCCCAGCAUUGGCGCUCUGCUCGCCUCCCUGGAGGGCACCGAGUACGACACUGGUCUCAACCUGAACCAGGUCCGCGCGCUCGACACCUACUGGGCGCAGCUGCGUCUCCUGUACUCGCCCUUCGAGGCUGGUCUGACCGGCCCCGACCCCGAGGUCUACGAGCACGAGAUCCCCGGUGGUCAGCUGACUAACCUUAUCUUCCAGGCCAGUCAGCUCGGCUUGGGCCAGCAGUGGGCCGAAACCAAGAAGGCUUACGAGUCUGCUAACGACCUGCUGGGUGACAUUGUCAAGGUCACUCCCACUUCCAAGGUUGUUGGUGAUCUGGCUCAGUUCAUGGUGUCCAACAAGUUGAGCGCUGAGGAUGUUGUGGAGCGUGCGGGUGAGCUCGACUUCCCAGCCUCCGUCCUCGAGUUCCUGGAGGGCUUGAUGGGUCAGCCGUACGGCGGAUUCCCCGAGCCUCUGCGCUCGCGGGCCCUGCGUGACCGUCGCAAGCUCGAGAAGCGCCCCGGUCUCUACUUGGAGCCCCUGGACCUGGCUAAGAUCAAGGGCACGAUCCGCGAGCAGUUCGGUGCUGCCACUGAGUACGAUGUUGCCAGCUAUGCCAUGUACCCGAAGGUCUUUGAGGACUACAAGAAGUUCGUUGGAAAGUACGGUGAUCUGUCCGUUCUGCCCACCCGCUACUUCUUGGCCAAGCCCGAGAUCGGCGAGGAGUUCCACGUCGAGCUGGAGAAGGGUAAGGUCCUGAUCCUCAAGUUGUUGGCUAUUGGUCCUCUUUCCGAGCAGACCGGUCAGCGUGAGGUCUUCUACGAGGUCAACGGUGAGGUGCGUCAGGUCAGUGUCGACGACAAGAAGGCGUCCGUCGACAACACCGCCCGUGCCAAGGCCGACUUGGGCGACAGCAGCCAGGUCGGUGCUCCCAUGAGCGGUGUCGUUGUGGAGAUCCGUGUUCACGACGGGCUCGAGGUCAAGAAGGGUGACCCUCUGGCCGUCCUGAGCGCUAUGAAGAUGGAAAUGGUUAUCUCCGCGCCGCACAGUGGCAAGGUCUCCAGCUUGCUGGUCAAGGAAGGUGACUCUGUCGAUGGUCAGGACCUGGUCUGCAAGAUCGUCAAAGCCUGAUGUAGGAUGAACAUUGCACGAUGUUAAAAGAAUCUAUGACUUAUGUUCCUCGCGAUGCGCGCUUGUUGUCGGCUUGGUUGUGAGGAUUUGAGGUGUUUUGUGUUCAAGCGUUUCUUUCCGGGUUGGUUUGUUCCCGUUUAUUUCAUGUUCGUUCUGACCGCGAGCUGGCCAUUCCAAACAUAAUAUCGGCCAUAUAUAUGAAUGAGUAGAGUUAUUUUUGAGUCAC